AUGAUGUUUAAAGAAAAAACGUUUGUUGUCGUCUGGUUUGGCUUUACUUGUCUGGUUGGUGUGUUUGGUGAAACAGAUACAGUGAAGUCCGUGUCAGUUCUGGAAGGAGAUUCAGUCACUCUAAACUCUAGUCUUACUGAAAUACAGACAGAUCAUAAGAUAGCGUGGCAUUUUGGGAAUGAGAGAUCUCUCAUUGCUAGAAUCAAUAGAGAGACCAAAAAAAUCCUUGUUUUUGAUGUGAGUUUCAAAAACAGACUGAAGCUGGACAGUCAGACUGGAUCUCUGACCAUCGAUAAAACCAGAACCACAGACUCUGGACUUUAUGAAGUGUCCAUCAGUAACAGCAGCACAGAGACUAAAUACAGAUUCAAUGUUACCGUCUAUGCUCGUCUGCCUGUUCCUGUCAUAAGCAGUAACUCCUCAAACUGUUCAUCACCAUCAAUGUCCAAAUGUUCAUUUCUGUGUUCAGUGGUGAAUGUGGGUCAUGGGACUCUCUCCUGGUACAAAGGAAACAGUUUAUUGUCCAGCAUCAGUGUGUCUGAUCUCAGCAUCAGUCUCUCUCUACCUCUGGAGAUUGAGUGUCUGGAUGAUUCUUACAGCUGUGUGCUCAACAAUCCCAUCAGCCACCAGACCACACAUCUCAACAACACUCAACACUGUCCGACAUGUUCAGUGAAAGAUGUGUUGAUGAUGUUGUUGAUCUCUGCUGCUGCUGGAUCUCUGUUGAUUGUAGCUGCAGUCAGGAUCUACUGGAUCUACAAGAAACACAGAAAAAUAGACCAAGAAGUCCAGACUCGUACAGAAGAGAUCAUUUACACUGAUCCAAUGUUCCACAAGAGAAACGCACAAAGAGCGAGUGUUAAACAGGAGGACGAUGCAGUGUAUGCUAGUGUUGUCCACAAACGUUAA